AUGGAUUCAUCGCUGCGUAUCGUCGCUUUGUUGCCCGGCGUGGACACUGCAAGAACUUGUUCUCAGACNGCUCAACAGCUCAUGGACCAGCUCCCAGUUGCUCGUCUCACACCUGGCCGAGCGUUCCUCAACACUGGAGUUGACUACGCCGGACCAGUGUCUCUCCGCUCGUGGAAGGGGCGUGGUCAUAAGUCGUACAAGGGAUGGCUCGCGAUCUUCGUCUGCAUGACCACGUCCGCAGUCCAUAUUGAGGUUGUCUCAGAUUACGCAGCCGAUGGAUUCAUCGCUGCGUAUCGUCGCUUUGUUGCCCGGCGUGGACACUGCAAGAACUUGUUCUCAGACUGCGGAACGAACUUCUUGGGAGCCGACAAGGAACUGAAGAAGCUCUUCUCAAUGGCGUCUAAGGAAUCGAACAAACUAGCCCAACUCUUGCUCAGCGAUGGAACCAGAUGGUCUUUUAACCCUCCAGGUGCACCGCACUUUGGAGGCAAAUGGGAAGCCGCGGUAAAGUCGGUGAAGUUCCAUCUCAAACGAACGAUCGGCGAUGCUCUAUUGAACUACGAGGAACUCACUACUUUACUCGCGCAGAUCGAAGCCGUGCUCAAUUCGCGACCGCUGGAACCGCUAUCACACGAUCCUGAUGAAGUCAGCGCGCUCACACCAGGUCAUUUCCUGAUUGGCCAGGCCUUGACCUCCGUUCCUGACCCUUCGCUGGAGCAUUUGAACGUCGAUCGCCUAUCUCGUUGGCAGCUUAUUCAGCAGAAGGUUCAGUACUUCUGGAAGCAGUGGUCCACUGGCUACCUUCAACAUCUACAGUCCAUCUCGAAGUGGCACCACCCAUCUCACAACAUUAGGAUUGGUUCCAUAGUCCUUCUCACCGACGAGAGGUUUCCACCAACGAAAUGGCCUCUCGCUCGAGUCAUCGCUCUCCACCCUGGUAGAGAUGGACUCGCCAGGGUGGUCACCAUUAAGACGUCCAGUUCUACUCUGCAACGGCCCAUCUCGAAGCUCGCUCUACUGCCAGUCUCGACCAGCGACACUUAA